CUUUUUUAUAUUUAUAGUUUAUACAUAUUCUUUUUCUUUUUUUCUUUUUAUUUUUUUUAUUCCCAAACAUGACAAUAUAUCAUAUUCAAGUCAGUGUAGCAGGAAUGACUUGUCAGCAUUGUGUUAAAGCUGUGACCGAAGGUCUCGAUCAAUUACCAGAAGUAACAAAUGUGAUGGUUAACUUGGAUAAACGACAAGCGACCUUGGAUUUCAACGUGAAGGACACAACAAAAGCAGCCUUAGAUUCUAUCAAGGAUCUUAUCUCUCGAACGAUAGAAGAAUUGGGUUAUGAUUCAGGUACUCCUUAUAUGUUUAGUGAUCAAGAUCUUGGCUUUGGCGAUUUUCUGGUAGAGGGAAUGACUUGUUCAAGUUGUGUACAUAGUAUUACCACUGCUUUGUCUGAUUCUCCUUUAGUGUUGACGAAUUCUCUUGACAUUUCUCUUGAUAGUCAUCACGUUCGUUUCAAAUUGAAUCAACAUCCUUUGACUGAUCAAGAUAAACGAAACCUGGUGGCUCUGAUUGAUGAUUUGGGAUAUACGGUGGUACAAGCGACAUUCUUGGACAAUAAUGGCAAAGAACUGACAAAAGAAGACGACGAUAAAGACAAUAAUGAAACAACUCAACAUAUACAAUCAGCUACUUUUCCUAUUGUGGGCAUGACUUGUUCUCAUUGUGUUCGUACAGUUACUACGGGAUUACAAUCACUUCCUGGGGUGAUAUAUGAAACAGUACAAGUCAACUUGGAUAAACAAAUGGCAACUUUGGCGUUUGAAAAUGAUACAGUGACCAUACAGAUUUUGGUAGAUACCAUUCAAGAACUUGGUUACGAUAUUCCUCAAAGACCUCGCAUUGUUACUGGUAUUCGACCAUCACCCUUAGUACCAACAAAUACAACAAGUACAACAACUACAACUGAUAACAAUGAAAAACUGGGUCUACUCUCUGAAUCUCAACGUGUGGAAACUUCUUCACCUUGGUCCAAAGUGGUGAUGCGAGUGAAUGGUAUGACAUGUGAAAGUUGUGUGGCAAGUUUGACUUCUGCUCUAUCUUCAUUGGAAAACGUUCAGAUGGACUCGGUUUUUGUAGAUUUGGCGACAGAUAUGGCCAUGAUGAUUUGUAAGGAACCUAACGUGGAAAUGAUUCGCGCUACAGUGGAAAAUAGGGGCUAUCAAGCAGACAACAUUCAAAUCAUUCAUAAUCUCAAGCAACCUGCUGCGUUAUGGGAAACAAAUCAUGAUGAUGACAAGAAAUCCUUUUCUUCUUCGUCGUCACUACGAUCGUUACGGAAAACUUCCUUGGGUGGAUCUGUGGUGUCUCUAGGUGCAGUCUCUGUUAUAUCUCCAACCUCGGUAUCAAAACGUGUGACAAUGAAUGUUAGUGGUAUGACUUGUUCAAGCUGUGUCCGGACUUUGGAAAAAGCAUUGGCCAAGUUACCUAGUGUGGAUGUCAACUCGAUCAAGGUUAAUUUAUUGGUGGGAAGUGCAACAUUCAAUAUACGUGGGGAUGUCAUCAACGACAAGGAUAUAUCGGAAGCAGUUGAACAUUUGGGAUAUGUUGCCUCCAAUAUUUCUAUGGUGGUUGAAAACUCUGAAGAAGAAGAACAGCAACAACAACAACAACAGCAAGAUAUUGUUUAUGCCGUCAGUUUGAUCAUCUCUGGAAUGUACUGUGAAUCAUGCGUGGAUAAAGUGAAAGCCGUGAUUGCUGCUAUGCCAGGAAUUAAAAAAUCAAGUAUUUUAGUGGAUUUGGAUUCAGGAUGUGCAAGUUUUUUGAUGGAUUCAGAUAUGGUAACACGUCAAAGGGUUUAUAAGGAAAUUCAACAACUUGGAUUUGCUGCCGAUAGUAUUGAUAUCAAGAAAACAAGAAGCAAAUCAACUGCUGGUCCUGAAGUUGCCGAUGAUGAUACUGACAAGGGAUUCUCAACAACAAGAUUGACAGUAACUGGGAUGACUUGUAGUUCCUGUGUGGCUAAUAUUGAACGUGUGAUGCUGAAACAACCUGGUAUUCAAAGUUGUCAAGUGAAUCUUUUAGCCAAGUCAGCAGUGAUUGUUCAUGAUCCAAGUACUAUCGGUGCACGUGUAUUGGCAAAUAUGAUUGAACAAAUUGGAUACAAGGCGGAAUUGGCAGCAAUACAAACUUCAGAACUCUCGGAUCAACGUGCGACUAUGCGGGAAACCAUGCAAAAGGAAAUCCAAGUACUUCGUUCUCGCUUUCUUUGGUCUCUUUUAUUUGCUAUUCCUACGGUGCUUAUUUCCAUGAUUUUCCUAAUGGCCGUUCCUUCUUAUGGUCGUGUACAUCAAGUAUUCAUCAUUGAAAUCACCGGUGGUUUGACAAUUGGUGAUCUACUCUUGUUUCUUUUAGCAACUCCUGUGCAAUUCUGGUUGGGUUCUCCAUUUUACAAAAAGGCAUGGAAAUCGCUUUAUUAUACUCAUUCGGCUAAUAUGGAAACUUUGGUGGCUCUAGGAACGACGGUGGCUUACUUGGCGUCGGUUGGAUCUGUGAUUGCUGCUAUGGUGCGUGCUCAUCAACCUCAUUAUGGCAUGGACAAUGGGAUGGGACAAUCAAGUAUGUCUAUGAAUUAUUUUGAAACUAGUGUACUAUUGAUUACAUUUAUUCAUCUUGGAAAAUGGUUGGAAGCUUUGGCAAAAGGGAAAACUGCAGAAACAAUCACCAAAUUGAUGGAUCUUCAACCUGAACAAGCAAUCAUGGUACAAAUUCAAAAGAAGGAUGACAAGGAGGUAUUGAUCGAAGAAGAAAUUGAUUCCAAAGAUAUUCAAGUGGGCGAUAUUAUCAAGGUCAAUGCUGGUGGAAGAAUUCCUUGUGAUGGAAAACUUUGGCGUGGUAGUACAACAACGGAUGAAUCUAUGAUCACUGGUGAAUCUGUACCUGUUUCUAAACAACCUGGAGAUAGUGUGAUUAGUGCUACUAUCAAUAUGUCAUCUCCUAUCUAUCUUCGUGCUCUUCGUGUUGGAUCUGAUACUACACUGUCUCGUAUUAUUCAAUUAGUACAAGAUGCUCAAGCCUCUCCCAAAGCUCCUAUUGAACAAUUGGCGGAUAAGAUUUCAAGUGUUUUUGUUCCAAUUGUCAUCCUACUGGCUUUGAUUACCUUUAUAACAUGGCAAGUUCUUUCAAGCAAAAACAUGUAUCCUUCCAUAUGGGUAGCUCAAGGCGAAAGUUCAACUGUUUUCUCCAUCAUGCUUGGUGUGUCUGUACUUGUAAUUGCAUGUCCUUGUGGUCUUGGUCUUGCUAGUCCAACUGCUGUUAUGGUCGGUACUGGUGUCGCUGCUCGAUAUGGUGUACUUGUGAAAGGAGGUGGUCAUGCAUUGGAAAUGGCAAAUCGAAUUACUACCGUAGCAUUUGACAAAACUGGUACUCUGACUUUAGGCAAACCAACAGUGACUGAUGAUUGGCUCAAUUUCAACAAGAAUUCUACAGAAGAUCAAGGAACGUUUGCUAUUUGGAAAAUCCUUGGUAAAAUGGCAUCUGUCAGUAAUCAUCCACUAUCAAAAGCUAUUGAAAAGAAUGCUCGUAUUACAUUGAAAUAUCUGGUAAAUGGAACUAGUUUGGAGGACAAAGAGAUGGAUGAUGAUGAAGGCAAUGAUACGAAAGAGCAACAAGAUUGGUUCGAUGGUGUUACCGUAGUACAUGCAGAAGAAGUUCCUGGACGUGGCGUCAGUGCGACUUUGACUCUCUCCGUUGAUAUUGCUAAACAUCUAACUGGAAAAUUACAUGGGAUCCGUGCUUUGAAUGUAUUUUUGGGAAAUCAAGCUUGGAUGGAUGAAAAUUAUGCCCGAUACGAAACUACCAAACAAGCAUCUGCAAAGUUAGAACAGCAAAUCCAAUGGCAAGAUCAAGGUAAAUCCAUUGUAUUGUUUGCGGCAUCUCCUGUGGCUGGUCAAGUAGAAGAAGGUGUGGCUCAUCAAGAUGGUUGUCGUGAUGCUUGUGCAUGUGUUGUAUGUCAUUGUAGUUCUUCUUCCAUCUGUUGUAGUGCUUCUCGUAGAAUGAUGCUCGCUCAAGUGGCUAUUGCUGAUAUCCCUCGUCCCGAAGCAAUCAAUGUGGUAAAACAAUUACGCAAAAUGGGUAUUGAAGUAUGGAUGGUAACAGGUGAUAAUGAACGGACUGGACGUGUAGUGGCUACUCAAUUAGGAAUUGGCAAGGACUUUGUUCUUGCUGGCGUUAAACCAGAACAAAAGGCUGACAAGAUCCGUAAUCUUCAACGACGUGGAUUGGUGAAUAAAUCUUCUUCCUCAUCAUCAUGGUGGACACGUUUCUUUUUCCAAACAAAAAAGAAUGAAAACAAGAAUGGAUUUCGACAUGCUGUGGUGGCAAUGGUGGGAGAUGGGAUCAAUGACUCGCCUGCACUUGCUCAAGCUGAUGUGGGUAUUUCUGUUGGAUCAGCUACUGAUAUUGCCAUUGAAGCAGCAAGCAUAGUAUUGAUACGAAAUAAUUUGAUGGAUUUGUUGACAAUGUAUGACAUAUCCAAAGCAGUAGUCCGACGUAUUCGAUUGAACUUUUUCUGGGCGUUUACAUAUAAUAUUUGUGCUAUUCCUAUAGCGGCAGGUAUUCUCUAUCCUGGUACUGGUGCUGGAUUACCCCCUUAUAUUGCAGGUCUUGCUAUGGUUGCCUCAAGUAUCAGUGUUGUCUGUUCAAGUUUAUUACUUCGAUUUUAUCGUGCACCAAAAUACACCAAGAAAUGAUGAUGAUUAGUAUAGUUUUUAAUAGAUAUUUUUGUUGUUAUUGUAAUUUUAUAGUUCUAUUGUAUUAUUAUUCAAUAAAAAAGAGGAAUACUUUCUAUCUA